AACACUAGGAUGGGAGUGACCUUCGCUGCGUGUGCUAGUCUGCACAAGGCGAUUGAGUGACGUCACAGCCACUGGCCACUCACUGACAAGCGGCGGCAAAGCAUCAGUGAUCAGUCUGACCAAAACCUCUGUGAAUUCAAGGUACAGUACACAGUACAGUGUUGUGUGUCGCAUUUCAAAUCUCAUUAUUCAUUCAGUGACAGUGCUUGUUGUUGUUGGUGCAGCUGACCCGAAGCUCGUCACAACUCUUCUUUCGUCGACGACCUGCUUAAUCUCUCACACACCUUGCUGCUACACUCUUCACAUGCUGAGAAGUAACGAGUGUAAACCACCCGCAGAGAAGAGUCCAGAUUGAUCGGACAUCGACAAGCGUCCAAUCAAAAUGAUUGCCAAGUCAAUCAUCACUUUAGUCGCACUACUGGCCGCAGUCAAAGGAGAACUGGCCGAUCUCGAGUGCCCCGAUGAUUGUGACUGCCAUUAUUUCCGAAUCAACUGGGUCACUGAUUGUUCCGAAAGUAACCUCACCGAGAUUCCUACUCCCGACGAUGGACUCAGUCUCAACGUUUACAUCCUGAACAUGAAUGCCAAUGAGUUGACUGCCAUUGCGCCGUUCCCCGCCGACAUAAAGCUCAGGCGAUUGCAGCUGGCUGACAACAAACUCACUCACAUCACCAAGGAUGACUUUGCUGGUCUGGGCUUCCUGCUUGAAAUAGACCUGUCAGAAAAUAAAAUCACCAGUGUUCAUCCCGAUGCGUUCAGGGACAGCCCCGGCCUAAUAACCUUGGAGAUGCAAAUGAAUCCACUUGACCCCGUUGAAGGACCUUUCCUCAUAUCUCGUUCUCUACUGUACUUGGACCUCAGCGAUUGUAAGCUGGAAAAGCUGACACCACAAUUCUUUCAGAACCUGACAACUCUCAACAAACUGGACCUGUCCGGCAAUCCACUUAAAGAACUGCAUCCUUCCAUUUUGGAUCCUUUGAUAAGCUUGGAGGUUCUCAAUCUGAAUAGAUGCAACCUCACUUAUAUAUCCAACGAUGCCUUUAAGUUCACGGAACAUCUAAAAUAUCUAGAAAUAGCUGAAAACAAUUUGAUGGUACCAACAGAUUGGAUUGCUGUCCUUGGAGCAUUGGGACGAUUGGAAUAUCUCGAUCUCAGACAAUCAGCCAUAUCAAAUCUCCCUGAGGAUGCAUUCAACAAUAACACGUGGCUAAGGAGUCUUAUUCUAGCUGGAAAUGAUCUCAUGCGUUUGGAAAUAUCGUCCAUCCUUGGUGAUAACCCCAAGCAUCUGGAAUAUCUAGAUCUAUCCAACUGUCAUUUCAGUGGCCGUCUUACUGCAAAUGCGUUCACUAACUGCACAAAGCUAAAAACUCUGAUUCUAUCUGGUAAUCUCCUAUCAGCUGCUGAUCUCGCUGAAGCCUUACCGCCAUUAUCAAAACUCCAAAAACUAGGAUUGAAAAAUUGUAACUUGACAAGACUCCCUGCAAAUACUUUUCAUAACCUUGAAAACCUCCAAGAACUGGAUAUUUCAAGAAAUCCUCUGAAUAAUGCUUUCACUGAACUUCUUUCUCCGCUCACCUCCUUGGAACGUUUAGAUAUGAGCUAUAGUAAUUUGGGCCAUAUAUCUCAGACAACAUUCUCAAACAUGGACGCACUGAGAACGUUGAUAUUAUCUGGAAACAAGUUGACUAGCCUUGAAUCAGGUCUGUUUGAGAAACUUACACAUUUAGAAACAUUAGAGCUCAACAAUUGUGGCUUAAAGUCGCUCAGUUCCACAGUAUUUCCAGAAAACUUCACUUAUCCUGAUUUGGAAGAGUUGAGGUUGGCUGGUAAUCCUUUAGAGAUAUCAGAGGAAGGUAUGCUGCUUCCUGUACAAAUAAAACGUCUGAAAACCUUAGAUCUUUCAGACUGUAAUCUCACAUACAUUCCCCCGGAUACCUUGAAAUCUUUUGUGAAUAUUACACGACUUCAAUUGGCUGGCAACAAGUUUAAUAGUUCUGUAGGAAAUUCCUUAGAGUUUUUGAGAAAGUUCCCUCAGUUGGAGUUUCUUGAUUUGAGUAGAAACGAACUGACUGAUAUUACUCCAAGUGUUUUCGAUAACAACACUUUGUUGAGUGCCCUGAAACUGGUGGGUAAUCCAUGGAAAUGCGGUUGUCAUAUAGCUGACAUGUGGGAGUGGGCAAUUACAGUCAAAGGUGAUCUAGGAGUUCUGAUUGGCUCAACAACUGAUCCCGAAGCGAUAUCCACCGGCGGACGGAAGAAGAAGAAGGGACUCCUGUGCCAUUUCGACUCGAAAACCUCUCCGAUCAGCAAGGAUAUUCAGUUCAGGAAACCGGCUCGCAAGGAUUCUGUGGAUAAUGUUAAUAGAACUUGGGCCAGGUAUGUCAGGGAGGCAGAUUGUGAGUCAAGUGCUCGUCUAAGACCUGCUCGAUUGUUGAAAAGUCAGCCGAUAACUGUCUGAAAUAAGAAUAGUUUGAAAUAAGUAGGGGCAGGGGAUAGUAACAGAUUUUUUUCUGUUGAGUUGUUAUGAUGACAAACAAAGUAGGAAAAGAUGAGAAACUUCAAUUAUGUUUUGCGGUAAGAAGGGCUGAAAAUCUGGGACGCCCUGGGACGUAUUCAGUGUUAAGAGUUUUAUUAGGAAUUGUACUGUUAUUAUUUUUUUAAUUGUGCAACUUUAUUCUUGUCAGCCAUUAAUUUAUUCAUCAGCACAUAAACAACAAAAUAGCAUAAGAACAUCCAAAUACAAUGAGAAGUCAAAGGUAAUAACAAUACUGAAGGAGGAAGCUAAAACAAGAGCAAACCCGUUUUAUAAAGAAAGGUGAUAAGGGCACUUGAUUCUCAAUUGAAUAAAUGUGAGUUUGUCUUGAAAGUCUCUCAUUUUCAACAUUCCUAAUUUUUUAUCAAUAUGCUUGACGCUAUUGUUUGAUGUAUUCUAUCAAGUCUCAUGUAUUUUGUUUCUAUUGACUUUGUUGAAAAUAAUGUAUUCGUCAUGAAUGCAUUCAUUGUGCUUCACGUUAUUGUAUGAAAUUUUGAAAUAAAAAGUAACAAUAAACAUAUUUUUUUUCACUGAGUCCUGAAUUUAUGAUAUGAUGUACUUCAUCAGAGAAUUUUCCAUGUAUAUGCAUUUAUUAUCAGUAAAUAAUCUGAAAAUCCAUUCAUUACAAGGCCUGAAUCAAUAAUACUCAUUUGAUAUUCAAUAAUUAAAAUACAAAAUACAGUAUCAUAGAUAAACUUUGUAUAUUACUGAUAUAUUAUUGAUAUUACUCGAUAAUUAUAUUACUUCUUGAGUCGCGGUCUUGAAGUAUUUAUUACAUCAUUCAGGAUUUAUAAGACUAUCGGAAAAGUACUACUGAGUACAGACUUGAGCCCAAAGUGACACAUAAUGUUGAAACCCAAA